UAGUUAUCAUCUUUGUGUGGGUCAAUAAACCCAAUCAAUGAUAGCAGAGUACCUGUCCCAGGUAGCUGGACAAUUAAUGACUCAUUAAUACACUUAAUUAACACCAUAAUCAGGUGGAAAGACAAUGGGUGAUAUAUGUGUAGAUUUAGUAUCAUUUGGGUACUUUUAAUUUUCUGCAAGUUUCAAAUGUCAGAGUUGGAAUUAUUGAUUUUGUUUACAAUGAUAAACUGACAACAUUAAAAACAUUUGGAUUUAAUGGUUUAUAUAAUAUGUAAACCUUGAGAAAAGUAUUGUACAUUACAUGAAUGGAAACAGAUGUAUGAGCUGACAGUGAACAAAAUAUGAAGACUUCAGACAGUUAGUGGAAUUCUAAUUAUUCAUCAGCAUCUGUGUCUUCAACUUUGACCUUUUCAUUUAUCAUCUCAUCCUUGUCAAACCAAGGAUGUCUGCAAUUCAUGAUUACAAAAAAAUUGGAUAACAGUUUAAAGUUAUUAUUUAAAUCGGUGACAGAUAAGCAGUUGAAUAAAUAUUUCAAGAGGCACAUACAAUUCAUGAUUUAGGUGAACAUUGUUUUGUUAAAUAUUUAAUUAACUUAUUGAUAAAAAAAGUUUACCAGGUGUUUGUGAUCAGAGACCUAAGUAAGAGAUUAAAAACUGAGGAUUUUGAAUAUUGAUAUUUAUAAAAGGUAAAAGUCAUUACAUAUUCAUGGUUUUAUGACAAACAUUCACAUUGGAUUUAAAUGGCUUUAUCAAUGGGAAGUUUUACUGUUGACCUGUCAUUCAUGGAAAGGAUACAAACCGAUUGAACACCGAUUUCACUUUCCACAGUCGGUAAAAGUUUGGCUACUCUUGUCGUUACAUAUGUGGGAAACAUAUAAUACAAUGUGUCAUAAGUGUGUUAUGAAUGAGAAUUUAAAAAAUUAGUGGUUAAUUGAAGGAAAAAUUGGAUUUUAUUGAAUUUGUUAAAAACUUGCAACACAAUGGGGUAAAAUAUUUGUGAUUCCUCAGAAUGGAUAAGUGUUUACCAAUUUUAGAGUUGAGAAGGAGUAAUAGUAAGAAUGGGGAGACCGUUCUUAGUGAGGACAUUACAUCUCCCCUUAUCUUGGAGGACAUGAGUCUGUUCUAUUUUAGGCAGCUUGCUUCUAGUCUACAGGACCAUGACUUACAGCAGAAGAUUGACCAUGAGAUUAAAAUGCGAGAAGGAACAACCAAACUACUGGCAGCUUCUAAACAUCCGUCACAACUGCUGGAAGCUGCUCGUAACCUGCUUACCUCAAACCAUCGUAUUAUGGCUUACAUGUCAGAAUUACAGAAAAGGAAAACUGCUCAGGUUUUAGGUAGACAAACGUCAGUGGAGGGUAACCAAGUGCCAUGUACAGCCAGAGUGUGUGUUACAGAUUUACGAAUACCUUUGAUGUGGAAAGAUACAGAUCAUUUUAAAAACAAAGGAGACUACAGAAGAUAUGCUGUAUUCUGUCUGGUAAAGAUUGAUAGUGAUAUAUACGAUACCUGCAUGAUAAACAAUGUAGACAGGAGUAUGACAGACUUGACGUUUGAUGAUACCCUUGUAUUUGAAAAUGUUGCACAUGAUUUUGAAUGUAAAGUAGAAAUAUUUUGCCAUAAGCUGCAUGAAGAUUUGACAAUUGCCAGCACUCCAAAGAAACUGAAGAAAAAGAUUAAUGAUUUGUCUGGCUCUGUGGGGAGGAGUGUAGGAAAAAGAUUGUCAGGAUUACAUGAUACAGACAUUAUAGGAAAUAUGGUUCUGGGUCCACGAUUUGACAUGGUUGCCCAAGGGACUAUGACACUACAAGGUGUGAAUGAUUCUGUUGGAACUUUUGAUUUAGUUGUGGAACCAGUUUCAGAUAGUAAUAGUAGCUGUGAGCUUCCAUUGUUUGGUCAUUACUGCUGUAGAAUUGUGGCUCAACCUCUGUCGCUGAUCAAUCCAGUUCAUAUAGGCUACUUAAAUCUUCAAGAAGAUGAUGAUUUAGCUAAGUGGAAGAGAUAUUGGUGUGUGUUAAAGAAUCUAAAAUUAGAUUUUUGGUCAUCUUCUGAUGAUGUAGAAGUCACAGAACCUCUAGUCACAAUUCCAAUCACCAAAAAUACUCAGAUUAGUAGUGCGGAUCCCAGUAGAAUUAAAAGAUCUCAUAUGUUCCAUGUACGGACUUGUGAGAGAGAUUCUUUUGGAUUGUUUACAAUGGCCACAGAUAAUCAGGAAGAACUUACAAAAUGGUGGGAUGCUCUACAGCAACAUUUGUUAGACCAAGUGUUGUGGAAACAAGCUUGUGAUCAUAUAAUGGAUAUACCUUCUCCAUCUCCGUCAAAACGUAAAAAAUCUUUCCUCAGGAAGAGUUCUAUUUAUGAUGACACACCUAUAUCAGAUUCUUCAUCCAGAAGCAGUAUUUCUAGUGACAUUAAAUUAGAAGAUGACCAAUUAAACGAGAUGCUAUCAACGCUGAUGGGUGAAGCAAAACAGAUAAGGGGAGACAAUCCACAUCCUUCGACCAGUACCAGCUAGUAUUUAAUCAUCUAUAAAUUACAGCCAAUGUGUUCAUUUUCAUGUUUAGUUAGUUCUGCAUUUAACUAUUUAUGUUGUCAAAAAAAUCAUUUUGUGUAACUUCUAUUUGCAUUUUUUGUAAAAAUACACAGUUUUAUUUAUUGGAGUAUUUUUAUUUUAAAUCAUGUUAAAGAUUAUUUGUAAAGUUAAAAGUUAUUUCUAGAUUUGCAUUCUUAUAAGCAGAUUUUUGUUCAAUGCUCUUUCAGUUGCAUUCACAUACAAAAUAUUUAUAGAAAAAAGUAUGAUUCUGAGUUUGUAUAUCAGGAAUUGAUAGUUCUCAGAUUCUGCCCUUAGGAAAACAGCUUUGCCAUUACUUCAUGCAAGAAAUUUGUGAAUGCAGUACCUCCUAAUAUUACGAUUAUUAUACCCAAUGACAAAAUAUUUCAAUAAUAAAAUUUUCCAACAGGCAUUUAUCAUUUAUCAUUUAUAGUCUUAUAAUUUUUAUACUCAUUUACACCAUUGUUUUAUGAGAAUUUUUAUUUACAUUUUGACUUGUGUAAAUAUUCUAUUCUAUAGUGCUACUUGUAAACUAUUCCAUGUAAAUAACUCUCUCUAGUCUUUGUAAAACAUUCUUUGCAUUGUCAUUGUGCAAUAAUAGAUAUGUCAUUAAUAUAUAAGUUUUGAUUUUCUAAAUCAGUUUUUUCACAGAUAGGUGAAAGGACCCUUUUUGUUUCUCAAUUUAUGUAUUAUCAUUAUUUACAAAAUUAACAAUAAGGAGUAGGUUAAUAAGGGUCAUAUUUGGCCCAAAAUUUAGAGCAAAUUCGAAAGUUACCAUACAUGAUCAUUAGCAAAAAAAUAAUAAUUUGCUCUAACAGGACUAAGGUAAAAGGCAUAAAAACUACAAAUAGAUUUAACAUUUGAUGAGUUACCUUGGGAAAAACCAUGACAAAAUUAGUGUACUGUGUAUAAUUCUUUAUUCCCCUUGUUUUGUGUAUAUAUAAGAUGAGAAAAGUAUGGGCACACCAAAAUAACAACUUUAAAUUUGGAGGGAUUAUGUAAAUAACUAUAACAUGCCUGUCUAGAAUUAUUUAGUUGGUAUUUUGCUGUUGCCAAUAUUUCAACUUAGGAAAUAUUGAUGGAAAACUGCAUAAAUUUGAAAAAAAUCCCAAUAUGUGAAAUAUGGACAUGAUGUAAUGUAAUAAUGGUAUUAAACUACAAAUCUUGUCUUAUUCAUUUACAUUUCCCUAUAUUAUUACCAAAUUAGAAGCAUUUCUUAAAAACCUAAUUUUCUUUGGCCAAAAUGGACCUGAAUUCCCCUCCUUUUUAUUAUACCCCCGCUUUAAAAAAGUGGGAAAUACUGUUUUACCUCUGUCUGUCCAUCCGUCAGUCCGUCCCAUGAAUAUUUUUCGUCACAUCUUUCUCAGGAACUACAUUACAAGGAUUUCUGAAAUUUGGUUUCAGGCUUUAUAUGAGUCAGCUAUACCGUGUGAUGCGUUUUCAGAUUCAUCUUUCAACAACUUCCUGUUUACCUUAUACUUUAAGCGGGGCGGGGGUAUUAUUAGUGAGCAGUAGCUCACAGAUUCACUUGUUUCCAUUCUUUCUCAUGGUAUUUAAGACUUCAUUCUGAUAAUGAUGAAAAAUUGUCUGAAUAUUCAUUUCCUUAAAUUUCUAUAUCAUUUUCAGCUCUGUGUAUUUUUAUAGGUACUUUAUCAGUUUUAUACAUUUAUCAAUGUAAUCAGAUAUUACUUUUUGUCCAUACUUUUAUUGUUUCUUUGAAUAGGAAAAAAGUUCCUAAAGGCAAAAAAUUGUUGUUUUAUUCUAUCAUGUUAUUAAUUUUACUUCAGAUAUUUUAAGAACAUAGCCCAUGGUCCAAGAUUUUAUGUCAAGGUUAUUUUAUAUAUAUAUAAAUAUAGCAUUUCAUUUUAAAUCAUUAUCAUUUUAUAAUCAAGAAAAUAUUAACUUUAUCAAAAUGGCAUCUUGAUAACAUUCCUUUAAAAAGUGGUUUCAUAAUUAAAAAAAAAUUUUGUAGAUAAAAUGAUAUUAAUAUUCUCAAAACAAAAGCUUAAUAUUUUGCUGCUUAUUCAGGAAGAAAGUUGUGAAUUAUUUUUUUUAAUAAAGUGCAAGCCAAAACUUUUAACACAUUGAUACUAUGGUAACAAUAUAUGUAAAUAUUUUGUCAUAUGUACAUAUAUGAUACAGUGUAAAAGCUUGUUGGUUGUUGACCCCUGUAUAGUGUUGUAAUCACUAGAUGCCUUUAUGUUUGAUGUUUUGAACCAGUGAUACUUUUAUAAAAAUACUGUCUCACCCUGCAAAAGAUGGUUUGCAAGUCAAAUUAUAUUGUACAAGUAUGGCCACAGUAGCAUUAUUGUAAAAGUGUAUGUAAUAUUAGUGAUUUUACUGGGUCAAAAUAUUUGUUUCUCAAUUUUGAGGUCAGGUAAAUUUUGUGGUGCCUGACAGAGUAUGAUUUUUAGAAAUUCAUUUGAUUUUUUGAAAAAUAAAACAAAGUGUAUUACUUCCAUGCUGAUUCUAAGGUAGAAGGACACUUGGAAAAUUUUAGCCAGUUUAUAAAAAUUUGUUUUGUAUUCAUAAAUGUUUUCUUAAGAAUUUAUAUAGUUUAGAUAUUAUUCUCCAUUUUUAAGUUUUUCAUACAUUUUCGAUUUUGUAAGGAGUGUGAAAAUAUCUUUAACCUUGCUACCUUUUCAAACAAGAAAAUUGAACAGAAACAUACAGAAAUCUAUGUGUUUGAGUAAUUACUGUAUUGUAAUACUAUUGAUGUCAGAUAAUAAUGAAUUCUUAUUUUUAUGCCCCCGCUGUAGUGGAGGGGUCAUUAAGUUUUACCAAAACUGAUUUCCGUUCUCUAACUUUAGUUUGCUUCAACCAAAUGCUAUGAAACUAUACUCUAUGCUGAUUACCACAAAACUCAGAUCAAGUACGAAUUUGGGUAGUGUCACUUUUACCGUUCUUGAGUUAUGUCCCUUUGUAAUGUUAUAUGCAAGCGGGGGCAUCGUCUUUGUCCCAUGGACAUAUUCCCCAUUUAUUUUGCCAUGGCAUUGUCAGUUUAUUUUCGACUUAUACAAUUUUGAAUGUAUCUUUGGUAUCCUCUCUUUUAUAAUUUGCUAGUAUUCAUGACAUUUUGUAAUAAUACAUAUAUAAAAUUCAUACCAUUAUAUAGUAACAAGAUUGAUUAUCCAUGACAAUAAACCUGUGAAUUACAUAUUUUACAAUACUGUCUUGCCAGGAUUGUGUGACCACGUCUUACAUACACUAUAAAUGAAAUAAUAAAUACAAACAAAAGCCGGCAUAAGAAUUUAUCUACUUGUAAAGAGUUUAAUUAAAUGUUAGAGGUUUAUCAGUUUAAUAAGGAAUUUGUUGUAUUUCAGGUUGUGUUGAUUGAAGUUGGUGAACACUUACAAUGAAUAUCGGCCAAAUAUAUUUAAAAUAUGGGACCAAUCCAGAAGUUAUCCUUUGUCAACCAUUUUUAUUUUAAUUUCGAUUAAAUUUAUAGACAAUUGUCUGUCAUAUAUAUAAUUCCUUAUUUCUUUUUUCAAAGGUUAAUGAAGUCAAGUGCAACCUAGUUUUGUAUGAAUGGAAAGGGAAACAUUGCUCGUUAUUUUUCUUUUUAUCAUGAAAUAAACCAGACUAGAAAUACAAAUGCUACUUUUCUGGUUCUACAUAAAUUAAUUUCAAACACGAGAUAAAUAUGUACCAAACAUUUUUUACCAGCCUACAAUUGAAAGGAAUAGGGCUCGUUUUAUGAUUAAAGUUAUUUAUAUAAAAAAUCCAGUCCUGGUCUACAAUUAAAGAAUUUUUCAACAGUAUAUAACCAUGAUUGAUCAGAUUAUUUUUGUGUUCAGAAAAUUUGCAUUUAUAAUAUUGCUAUUACAUGGAGGACAUGAACAGUCACAUGAUUUUGUUAAGGACACAAUCAUGUACAAUAAUUCAAUUAUAAUUAAUUUAAAUGUACCAUGUUUGUGUGAGCAAGGUUUUCACUGUGAGUAAUAGUAGUAAGAUUGUUUUGGAGGUUAUGACUGCAUAAUGAUAAUUAUUCUGUGAUGUCUGUUAAACUUGUACUUUAACCUCAGUGGAAAUAAAAUCAAAUGAAAUU